AUGUCGUGGAAGUCAGACGGCCCGCCGUCCAGUCAUGGUUCAUAUUCUCCAUCUUCCGGACAAUAUAGCUCAGGUGUAAGUGGUCAUUCUAUUAAGUCUAACGGUCGAAACAGUGCCGCUCGUAUUUUUCAGCCGCUGCAUGCUCAACUUCCUACAUUUUUACAAGUGAAAUCAAAAUUUGAUGCGGAAUGGCGACGCUUUUCGAUACAGUUUCAAGAUAGCAAACCUCCUUCUUAUGAACACUUUCGUACGCUGGUCGAAGGUCUUCAUUCUUUACACAGUAUACCUUUCACAGUGUGUUAUACAAGCCAUUCUGGAGACCUCCUGCCUAUUACUAAUGAUGAUAAUUUUCGAAAAUCUUUUGAAUCAGCCCGUCCAAUACUUCGGCUCUUGAUACAACGAAAGGGUGAAUCCUGGGAAGAGAAAUAUGGCUACGGUACAGAUACAAUUGAUCGACGGCGCAAAGGGUUGUCCCUAUUGAUACCGACAGUUUCCAGACCUCCCAAAAGAACAUACAAUAUUUCAAACCCAGAAGAUUUUCGGCAGGUAUCGGCAAUAAUAGAUGUAGACAUUGUUCCAGAAGCUCAUCGUCGAGUACGACUUUGUAAACAUGGCAGUGAUCGUCCGUUGGGAUUUUAUAUUAGAGAUGGAACAUCAGUAAGAGUAACCCCACAAGGUGUGAUGAAAAUACAAGGAAUCUUUAUCAGUCGUCUCGUUGAAGGGGGUUUGGCUGAAUCUACGGGCUUACUAGCGGUUAAUGAUGAAGUACUUGAAGUGAAUGGUAUUGAGGUACAAGGUAAAACUUUAGACCAAGUAACAGAUAUGAUGGUAGCAAAUGCUCAGAAUUUGAUAAUUACUGUGAAACCAGCGAACCAGCAAAAUACUCUCCAACGUGGCAUACAUUCACGGAUUUCAGGUUGGAGUGGAACUUCCGAAGAUGCAUUAAUGGCUCAGAGGCGAGAUAAUAACAAUGAUAUGCAGAGCACUAGUGGUGGAUUAUCGAAAAGUCACCGAAACAACAAUGAGCUGAGUGAUGAAGAUUCAGAUGAAGAUAUUGUUGUUGAUCAUACUAAAGAAAACAUUGGUAACACAGCAUCAGAAAGCCAUCAUCACCAUAGGUACCAAAGAAAUCGAUAG